GCAGUGGACGAAGUGAACGUGUUUCUAAUUCGUGACGCCUACACAUUGUGUUGUUUUUCUGUGUUGUGAAACCGUUUUUGUGUGAUGUUCUCGUUGUUAGCGACAAUAUAGGAUAGUUCUGUGGUGUCUGUGUGCAUAUAUCGACAUUUCCCGUCUGUUUUGAGGGUGGAUUUGGUGACUUAGCAGCCUAGUUCUAUCUUCAGACCAACGUUGUGUAUUUUUAACCUCUACUGUUUACGCAUAGGCGGAGUCGGCAUCAAAGAAAGAUCGUUCUGAAAUCGAACUUUUCUUUCUGAUCGGACUAGUCGUGUGACCACAACGCGUCAACGCCAUUCCUGCAAAGAUUACGCUGUUGACUCUGACGUAAAGAGAUGUCCGUGUGACGUGUGAUGUGUCGGUCGCGGGAUGGACUUGACACAUGAUCCUGUGUACCGGAGUGGCGGAGGCUCCAUGUUGUUGUCUGAUGAGAUGGUCAAGUCCGAGCCGUCGCAGGACCCCGGUCAGUCCUCUGUGCAGAUCUUCUGCUUCACCAAACGUCGCGUGGACGAGUGGAUGUCCUCCCCAAGUACCCCGGCCCCCGCCCCGCUCACCCCCUCGCCUGGGCCGCCCAGUGGGGCACAGCCCCCGUACACCGUCAUCAGCAACGGAUACUCAUCUCCCACUAUGAGCUCGGGCAGCUACGACCCAUACAGCCCUAAUGGAAAAAUCGGUAAUGAGAGCAGCCAGUUCGAUGUUGCCAGUUCAGUUUCUAGCGGAAGGGAAGACCUUUCGCCACCCAACUCACUCAACGGCUACAGCGUGGACAGCUGUGAUGCGAAGAAGAAGAAGGGUCCGACGCCUCGGCAGCAGGAAGAGCUGUGUUUGGUGUGCGGAGACCGAGCCUCAGGCUACCACUACAACGCCCUCACCUGUGAAGGCUGCAAAGGCUUCUUCAGAAGAAGCAUCACCAAGAACGCGGUGUACCAGUGCAAAUACGGCACCAACUGUGAGAUAGACAUGUACAUGAGGCGCAAGUGCCAAGAGUGCCGACUCAAGAAGUGCCUCAGCGUGGGGAUGAGGCCUGAAUGUGUAGUACCUGAGUAUCAAUGUGCCGUAAAAAGAAAAGAGAAGAAAGCCCAAAAGGACAAAGAUAAACCUGUGUCUUCAACUAACGGAUCACCUGAGAUGAGAAUAGAUCAGGACAACCGUUGUGUGGUGUUGCAGAGUGAAGACACGAGGUAUGGAGUAGCUACUCCCAGCUUCGGAGUGAAACCUCUUAGUCCGGAGCAAGAGGAGUUGAUCCACAGGCUCGUCUACUUCCAGAACGAGUAUGAACAGCCCUCGGAGGAGGACCUCAAGAGAAUCGAGAACCUGCCUUGUGACGAGGACGACCCUAGUGAUCUCCGAUACCGACAUAUCACCGAGAUCACGAUACUCACAGUCCAACUCAUCGUGGAGUUCGCCAAGAAACUGCCCGGGUUCGACAAACUGCUUAGGGAGGACCAGAUCGUAUUGCUCAAGGCUUGCUCCAGUGAAGUAAUGAUGCUGCGGAUGGCGAGGAGGUACGAUGUACAGACAGACUCUAUCCUGUUCGCCAACAACCAGCCGUACACACGGGAGUCGUACACGAUGGCUGGCAUUGGCGAAGUCAUUGAGGACCUGCUGAGAUUCGGUAGACUAAUGUGCUCCAUGAAGGUGGACAACGCUGAAUAUGCACUGCUCACUGCCAUCGUUAUCUUCUCUGAACGGCCUAACCUAGCUGAGGGAUGGAAGGUAGAGAAAAUCCAAGAGAUUUACCUGGAGGCACUCAAGUCCUACGUGGAUAACCGAGUCAAACCUCGCAGCCCGACCAUCUUCGCCAAACUACUCUCCGUACUCACCGAGCUGCGGACGCUCGGCAACCAGAACUCGGAGAUGUGCUUCUCACUGAAACUACGCAACCGCAAACUGCCACCGUUCCUCACGGAAAUCUGGGACGUUCCCUCAGAGUUUCCGUCAGAGGUCUGAGCCCUCGCUUCCUGCUACCGCACUGCCCCGGUCUCACGCACAUCUUGUUGCUUAGUUUUAGCGUACCGGACCCGAAAUACCUGAAAAUUGUUACCGUUAUUUGUAAACCACCUUCAAAAACUCUACAGGUUACCAUGGGUGAUUUUCGGGUCUCGCGCAGGUCGUGACCAUGACAGUAAAGCUUACUUCGUAACUUUGGUUCUCCGAUAUAUCCAGGUAUUUACGUUUCCGACUUAGAAAUCCUUCCAGAAAUACUUUUAACACUGGGCGUUUGUAAAGCAAAAAAAUAUCUUGAUUAUAUUAUUAUUGAUUAUCUUAUUAUACAGGGUGAGUUUUUUAAAGUGAUCCAAUAGCUAACUUUUUAAUUACACGACUUAGCACCACACUUUAAAUUUGAAACUUGCUCAAUUUUAAGUUUCACUCAAGAAUACGAUUUCAGAUUUUUUCAUUGUGGCCGCCAUUUUCCAAUAUGGCUGCCAACUUUAAAAUUUCUUAUGGAACACCCUGUAUAUUAUUUUGUUUUUAGAUUUUACUCUAAAAAAUAAAACAUUUUUGUUCUUGAGAUUUUUUCAAUAUCUCUAACGGUUAAGGAGCUACGAGGACUUAAAGUUUUCAUACAAAGUUGCAUGAAUUCUAAAUCAUGUUUUAAAACAAUGUUAGUUUUAAGUGUUGUUACUGUUAAUACUUAACAAUUUGUCCUCGUAGCUCCUUAACUAUUAGAGAU